AUGAUUGACGUUUUUCUCCAGGCACAAGAACCUGAUUACUUUCACUAUCUGCUUUCUGCCGUAGGGAAGACAUUCGCUGAAGUUAUUAAGGUAGGGGAAAUGGUGGAAAAUGGCAUCAAGUCUGGGAAGAUUGUAAGUCAAGCUGCCUUAAAAGCCACAACACAAGUGCUUCAAAAUGGUUCUGGAAAUAUUGGAGGGAAGAAGAGAAGGGAGGAUGUGGUCACUAUUGUAUCAGCGCCUAGGACUCAUGUUCUAGGUAAUUCCCCACAACACUAUUUUCCUUCCCAAGCUCCACAAUAUUCUGUCCCAUACACUCCAUAUCAUGUUUUUAAUGCACAACCAAUUGCACCCCCUUCUUAUCCACAAUGGCAUGCACCAACUCCACAAAAUCAUCCACCACCCCCACAAGUUCAUCAAAAUACUGCUAGAAUUCCUUUCCGUCCUAGACAACAAUACAAAAAGGGAAAUGGCGUUAAAGAUGAGUUUACUCCUAUUGGUGAGUCGUAUGCUAGCUUGUUCCAAAAAUUAAGGACGUUAAAUGUUUUGAGUCCUAUUGAGAGAAAGAUAUCGAAUCCUCCCCCGAGAAAUUUGGAUUAUUCUCAACAUUGCGCAUAUUGUUCUAAUGCCCCAGGGCACAACAUAGAGAGAUGUUGGUAUUUGAAAAGGUUCAUUCAGGAUUUGAUCGAUUCUAAUCGAAUUAUAGUUGAAAGUCCGAGUGGACCCAACAUCAAUCAAAAUCCAUUGCCGAGGCAUACUGAAACAAACACGCUGGAAAUGAUGAAGGGUCAUGAAGAGUUUGCAUCUCUGUAUAAGCCAAUACUUAGGGUUGGAACUGGCAUUGAGAAGGGCGGAAAUGUGUUAGAAAAGUUGAGUCCAUCAAACACACCCAUCUUAACUGUGAAAGGAGCCCUUGAAGAUGUUUGGGAAAGCCCGAGUAAGGCAAAAUCGUUUGUUCUAAAAGGGCCAAACAAGCCUAUCUUGAUCGUGCGAGGGGCCCAUAUUCCUCCUGUGAUUAUCAGGCCAGUAUCCCAGCUCCCAAUGACUAACCCCAAAGCUGUUCCUUGGAAUUAUGAGCUUACUGUCGUGACAUACAAGGGAAAAGAAAUUGACGAAGAAAUAGAUGAAGUAGGAGGAAUAACCCGUUCAGGAAGAUGUUAUGUCCCGAUGGAAUUAGGGAAAACUAAAAAUGACCAAAUACAAAUAAAGAGUCCGGUCACUGAAGGAGAGGCAGAGGAAUUCCUAAGGAAGAUGAAACUAUCAGACUACUCCGUGGUGGAACAAUUAAGAAAAACUCCAGCCCAAAUCUCUUUGUUGUCUUUGCUAAUACAUUCUGAUGAACAUCGUAAGGCUGUAAUGAAAAUUUUGAAUGAAGCACAUGUUCUUAGUAAAGUUACAGUGAGUCAGUUAGAGAAGAUUGCUGGGAGAAUAUUUGAGAAAUUGAAUGUUAGUGCUGAAAGGGUCCGACCCAACAAUGUAUGUGUUAGAGCUUUUGAUGGGUCAAAAACAGAUGUUAUUGGUGAGAUAGAGCUCGUACUAACCAUAGGUCCUGUGGAUUUUGCUGUGAAUUUUCAAGUGUUGGAUAUCAACGCGUCCUACAAUCUAUUGUUGGGGAGGCCAUGGGUGCAUAGGGCUGGAGCAUUCCCCUCAACGUUGCAUCAAAUGAUUAAGUUUGAAUACGACCGAGAAGAGGUAAUUGUUCAUGGUGAGGGGGAUUUGUCAAUCUACAAAGACUCUUCCUUCCCUUUUAUCAAGGUGGAUAAUGAGAAUGAGGCACUAGUUUAUCAAGCUUCUGAGGUAGUGGUUAUUGAGCAUAUCCCCGAGGGGAGUGUCAUUUCAAAACCAGAUAUGCCCAUCGCGUAUGUAAUGGUGGUGAAUGAAUUGCUGAAACAUGGGUUUGAGCCGGGUAAAGGCUUAGGAAUCUGCUUGCAAGGGAGAUCUUGUCCAGUGAGUCUACGAAAGAGCAUCGGUACUUUUGGAUUAGGCUACCAACCUAGAGUCGAGGACCAAGUGAAGGCAAAGAAGCAUAAGAGAGAUUUAUGGUCACUUACCAAGCCUAUACAACCAAUCUACAAAUCUUUCAUCAAAGCCUGCGCAACAAAAUCUUAUCAAUCAUCUUUUCCAGAGCCAGUGAUGAAAGUAAGCGAAGAAAUGAUCAACUAUUUUCAAGAUUUAUUUAUCGAGGUUGAUAUGGUGGAACUCGGAGAAGGCACUAGCGACAGAGAUGUGCAAUUCAUUGGUCCUGAUGUCAAGCUAAACAAUUGGGAGGCCACCCCUCUCCCCGUUAAAGACGAGUCUUGUUCUUUCUAUGCCGAUUCUAGUGAUAUGACAUGCAUGCAGAAUUUUUCGCCAGAUCUUAAUAUCCAAUCUAAUCUUCGACCUAAUAUUGAAAUAAUAAGUCAAGAAAUCGAAUAUGAUGAAGACAGAGUAUUUGAGGAAGUAAGGAGGGAUUUCAAUCAUUUUGAAAAUAAGUCAAAUCCAAACAUGAGUGAAACUCAGACGAUAAAUUUGGGGGAUCAGGAAAUUAUUAAGGAGACUAAGAUAAGUGUACAUGUUCAACCUCAAAAAUACGAUAUAAUCCAGGCCCUGCUUGAUUACAAAGAUGUUUUUGCGUCAUCUUAUGAUGACAUACCUGGAUUAAGCACGGACAUGGUUGUUCACAAGUUGCCAAUUGAUCCUAAUUUUCCUCCGAUAAAGCAGAAGUUGAGAAAACUCAAAACCGACAUGAGUGUAAUAAUUAAAGAGGAGAUCACAAAACAACUUGAGGCCAAAGUCAUUCAAGUCGCUCAAUAUCCUUCUUGGUUAGCCAAUAUCGUACCCGUCCCUAAGAAAGACGGCAAAGUUCGAAUGUGUGUUGAUUAUCGUGAUUUGAAUAAGGCAAGUCCAAAAGAUGAUUUUCCUUUGCCUAACAUCCAUAUUUUAUUGGAUAAUUGUGCUAAACAUGAGGUUGCAUCUUUUGUGGAUUGUUAUGCGGGCUACCAUCAGAUUAUUAUGGAUGAUGAAGAUGCAGAAAAAACAUCUUUUAUCACUCCAUGGGGUACAUAUUGUUAUCGUGUUAUGCCUUUUGGAUUAAAAAAUGCAGGGGCAACUUAUAUGAGAGCAAUGACAACCAUGUUUCACGAUAUGAUGCAUAGAGAAAUCGAAGUUUAUGUGGAUGAUGUUAUCAUUAAAUCUAAAAAACAGUCAAAUCAUGUGAAAGACUUAAGGAGAUUCUUCGAAAGGCUCCGCAGGUAUAAUCUCAAGCUUAAUCCUGCAAAAUGUGUAUUUGGAGUACCAUCGGGGAAGCUUUUGGGGUUUAUAGUCAGUCGAAGAGGUAUCGAGUUGGAUCCUUCAAAAAUAAAAGCAAUUCAAGAAUUGCCACCUCCAAAGAACAAAACUGAGGUUAUGAGCCUUCUAGGAAGGUUAAACUACAUCAGCAGAUUCAUUGCUCAACUCACAACAACUUGUGAGCCUAUCUUUAAGUUGUUGAAAAAGAAUGCCACAGUCGAGUGGACCGAAGAAUGUCGAGAAGCUUUUGAAAGAAUUAAGAAUUACCUAUCGAAUCCCCCUGUGUUGGUUCCUCCCGAGCCGGGAAGACCUUUGAUAUUGUAUAUGUCAGUACUGGAUAAUUCUUUUGGUUGUGUACUGGGUCAGCAUGAUGACACUGGGAAGAAAGAGCGGGCCAUUUAUUACCUCAGCAAGAAGUUUACCGUUUACGAAGCGAAGUACACCCUUCUUGAAAGAACGUGUUGUGCCCUAACUUGGGUAGCACAGAAGUUGAAACAUUAUCUUUCAUCUUACACUACUUAUCUCAUCUCUCGUAUGGAUCCGUUGAAAUAUAUUUUUCAAAAGCCCAUGCCCACAGGCAGGCUUGCGAAAUGGCAAAUAUUGCUCACAGAGUUUGACAUUAUCUAUAUAACGCGGACCGCAAUGAAAGCUCAAGCAUUGGCAGAUCAUUUGGCAGAGAACCCUAUUGAUGAAGAAUAUGAACCAUUUAAAACCUAUUUUCCAGAUGAAGAGAUAUCUUGUAUCGAUGAAGUUAUUCACGAUAACGAUCAAGGUUGGAAGUUAUUCUUUGAUGGUGCCUCUAACAGGAAAGGAGUUGGAAUAGGAGCUGUUCUUAUGUCUGAAUCAGGGGAAUAUUACCCUAUAUCAGCCCAACUUAGAUUCUAUUGUACUAAUAAUAUGUCUGAGUAUGAAGCGUGCAUUUUGGGUCUGAGGUUAGCUGUUGACAUGGGCAUCCAAGAAUUGUUAGUGUUAGGAGACUCAGACUUACUAGUUCAUCAAAUUCAAGGAGAAUGGGAAACUCGAGACCCAAAGCUCAUACCAUAUCAACAUUGUUUACAAGGUCUUUGUCAACAAUUCGUGUCGAUAAAGUUUAGACACAUUCCCAGAGUGCACAAUUGA